CAUACUACUCCCUUUUGUUCCACACGAGAUUUUUUUCUGUUCUCGUUGAGCUCAUCAUAUAUAUAUAUAUAUAUAUAUAUAUAAACUCAAUAUGGAUAAGAUUAGAGAUUUGUCAUCAAAGAGGGCAGCAGUAAUAUUCACAAAGAGUUCAUGUUGUAUGUGUCAUAGUAUCAAAGCACUAUUUUAUGAACUAGGAGCAAGUCCAGCAAUACAUGAACUUGAUCAAGAUUCAAGAGGCAAUGAAAUGGCAUUGGCAUUGAGAAGUUUAGGUUGUAAUCCAUGUGUUCCUGCUAUUUUUAUUGGUGGAAACUUUAUUGGAUCAACAAAAGAUGUUAUUUCUCUUCAUGUUAAUGGUUCUCUUAAACAAAUGCUUAUUAAUGCCAAAGCUAUAUGGUUGUAGCUAAUUAAAUUAGUUUUCUUUCGCGGGGUUGAGCUGGAGUGGUAAGUAGUACUCAUUCAUCCUUAACCAAAGGUUAGAGAGCGCUUUAGACUUUUCGGUGCGAAUCUAAAUUUAGUCAAGCUUCAAUGUGAGUACCAGAUACCGGAUAGGAAACGAAGAAAACUAAUUUUCUUUCUUGUCUUGUUGGACUCUAAAGAAAACCAUGUUUUUAUUAUUAUUACUAUUAUAAUGAAAAUUGUUGAUUAUUGAAACUAUAGUUUUCUCUCUA